AUGAUGUUAUGGGUCAGUUCCAUGAUGCUUUGUACCUUNGAAAUUGAUGAGAAAGAUCACUGGUAUAGGCUGGGGGUGGAGGCCCUUCGUCAGGGUAAUUCAGGUAUUGUAGAAUAUGCAUACCAGAGAACAAAGAACUUUGAGCGUCUAUCUUUUCUUUAUCUGAUCACCGGAAAUUUGGACAAAUUGUCCAAAAUGAUGAAAAUUGCAGAGGUUAAGAAUGAUGUUAUGGGUCAGUUCCAUGAUGCUUUGUACCUUGGUGAUAUCCGGGAGCGUAUUAAGAUUCUGGAGAAUGCUGGUCAUCUGCCGCUUGCAUACAUCACAUCCACUGUACACGGUCUUCAUGAUGUUGCUGAACAUCUUGCUGCUGAGUUGGGAGAUAAUGUUCCUUCUUUGCCCAAGGGGAAGUCAGCUUCUCUUUUGAUGCCACCAAGUCCCAUCUCGUGUGGUGGAGAUUGGCCCCUAUUGAUGGUCAUGAAAGGGAUCUUUGAGGGUGGUCUUGAUAAUACGGGAAAGGGUGGACAUGAAGAAUAUGAAGAAGCUGCAGACGCUGACUGGGGGAUCUUUGAGGGUGGUCUUGAUAAUACGGGAAAGGGUGGACAUGAAGAAGCUGCAGACGCUGACUGGGGUGAGGAUUUGGAGAUUGUUGAUGUGGAAAACAUGGGGAAUGGAGAUAUCCGUAUGCUGCUGGAAGGUGAUGAAGUGCAUGAAGAAAACGAUGAGGGUGGAUGGGAACUUGAGGAUCUUGAACUUCCGCCCGAUGCUAAUACGCCAAAGAUUAACACCCAUGGACUUUCUUCAGUAUUUACUGCCCCAACACCAGGUAUGCCAACAAGCCAGAUUUGGGUCCAAAAAUCAUCUCUCGCUGCUGAACAUGCAGCAGCUGGAAAUUUUGACACUGCAAUGCGUUUGCUGAACCGGCAGCUAGGAAUAAGGAACUUUACACCGUUGAAACAGUUAUUUAUUGAUCUUCACAUGGGCAGCAAUACCUACUUACGUGCCAUUUGCUCCGCUCCAGUAGUAUCCAUGGCGAUUGAAAGGGGAUGGAGUGAGUCAUCAAGUCCUAAUGUGCGUUGGCUGCCUACACUGGUGUUCAAUUUCUCCCAGUUGGAAGAGAAGCUCAAGGCUGGGUACAAGGCCACAACUGGUGGGAAAUUUACUGAAGCUUUGCAACUUUUUCUAUCGAUUCUGCACACAAUACCUCUUAUUGUGGUUGAGGCACGUAGAGAGGUGGAUGAAGUCAAGGAACUGAUUGUCAUUGUAAAGGAGUAUGUUUUAGGUUUGCAGAUGGAACUUAAGAGAAGGGAGUUGAGGGACAAUCCCGUUCGUCAGCAGGAGCUGGCAGCCUACUUCACCCACUGUAACCUUCAGCUGCCUCAUUUGAGACUUGCUCUGUUGAAUGCUAUGACUGUUUGCUACAAGGCAGGUAAUCUCAAACUAGCGGGUAACUUUGCUAGGCGAAUCUUGGAGACAAAUCCAAGCGCUGAAAACGAAGCUAGAACCGCCCGCCAAGUUCGGCAGCCUGCCGAGAGGAACAUGAGAGAUGUUACCCAACUGAAUUAUGACUUCAGAAAUCCUUUUGUGGUGUGUGGGGCGACAUACAUUCCUAUAUACCGAGGACAGAAGGAUGUCACAUGCCCUUACUGCAGUUCACAUUUUGUUCCCUCGCAGGAAGGGCAGCUUUGUCCUGUGUGUGAUCUUGCAGUGGUUGGAUCUGAUGCGUCUGGAUUAUUAUGUUCUCCUUCCCAGAUCGGAUGAUCUGAAAUUCGUCCCAUGGAUAGGUCAAGCUGGUUCAUUAAUCUAACAAAAAGGUGGGAGUAUUAGACUGCGAGGUGUGUUUUUAAUCAGAUUGUAAGUUCUGUUCUAUUUUUUGUUUGAUUUGUACAGUCAAGUUUCAGCCCCUUCUUCUUUGUCCAUUUUAGUUUUGGGGUUUACGAUUUUUCUUUUUAAUAAACCGUGUAAGAAUUUUGACAUAGGCUAUACAUGUGAGAAUUUUAGUAUAUAUCAGGUGAGGUAUCAAA